GCUGGAAGCACCUGUUCUGUUUUACACCUUUCCUAGCAGUCUCUCCCCUGCAAACCAGUUCUGGAAGUUGUUCUGGAACCAUGCUUAAGCAGUAUUAUUUUUUGGCUCUACAUCAAGCAUUCUUGCUUUUCCUUCCAUGGUUGCUGCUGGAUAUUCCCACUCAUGUUUAUGGACAACAGCUUCAUGCUUGCAAAGAAUCAGAGUACCACUAUGAAUAUACAGAGUGUGACCGCUCAGGAACAAGGUGGCGGGUGGCAGUUCCUCAUACCCCAGGACUCUGCACUGGGCUCCCAGAUCCAAUCAAGGGCACAGAGUGCUCAUUCUCCUGCAGUGCAGGACAGUUUCUUGAUAUGGAGGAGCAAAAAUGUAUGCCAUGUGGAGAAGGCACCUACUCUCUUGGGACUGGUGUGCGUUUUGAUGAAUGGGAAGAGCUUCCACACGGCUUCUCUUCAGUGUCCAGCAAUCAGUACACAGCAGAGGAUGGUAUCAACAUGAACUGUAGCAUGUCACAGUGGGAACCACAUGGUGAAUAUGUUGCCUCAAACACAGAUGAAUGUUCAUCCACUCUGAUGUAUUCUAUCAACCUGAAGCAGGAGGGAUUUGUUGCCUUUGAAUACUUAUACCCAGACAGUAACAUUGGCUUUGAGUUCUUUGUUCAAAAUGAUCAGUGCCAACCAAGAGAAGAAGAUUCCAGAUGGAUGAGAACUACAGAACAAGGAUGGAGUUCUCAACAAGUAAAGUUGACAAAAGGCAAUAAUGUUCUUUACUGGAGAACGACAGCUUUCUACUUGGGAGGUGUUGUUCCUAAACCUGUGCUAUUGAGGACUAUACAGAUUACAGGUGCUGCUUAUACCUCAGAAUGUUUCCCCUGUAAGCCAGGCACAUUUGCCUCUACCAAUGGAACAUCAACCUGCCAAGUAUGCCCAAAAGACACAUUCUCUAACCGAGGAGCUUCUUCCUGCAUCUCAUGUGACCCUGAUAAAUAUUCAGAUUCUGGUUCUUCUUCGUGUAGCCCUCGCCCUCCAUGUACAGACAAAGAUUAUUUCUACACACAUACUACUUGUGAUGCCAAUGGGGAGACCCAACUGAUGUAUAAAUGGAUUGAGCCCAAGAUGUGUAGCGAGAGUGUGACAAACUCUGUGUCACUGCCAACCUCAGUUGUUAAGAAGAAUUGCCCUCCAUGUAACCCAGGCUUCUACCAGACAAACUCCAGUUCCUGUGAACCAUGCCCUCAAGAUUCAUUCUCAAAUGGCACCACCUGCAUUAGUUGCCCAGUUGGCACAGAAGCUGUUUUAGGCUUUGAGUACAAGUGGUGGAAUGUUCUCCCAAGCAACAUGAAGCGCACAGUGAUGAGUGGCAUCAAUUAUGAGUACCAGGGUGCAUCAGGAUGGGAGGUAGCUGGUGAUUAUAUUUAUACAUCUGCAGGAUCUUCAGACAAUGAUUAUAUGAUGCUCACCAUGAAUAUUCCCAGUUUCAGCCACCCACGAUCUGUUGCACAAGAUGCAGAAAAUAAAGAGGUUUCCCACAUUACAUUCAUAUUUGAUAUGAAAUGUUCUGUGAACUGCCAGCUCUACUUUAUGAUGGCUGUGAAUUCAGAGCUGAACUCAGUUAUAAAGAACUGGGUAGGUAGUCAGGAGAAGCAAUCAUAUACCUAUCGUAUACAAAAGAAUACCAACACUACCUUCACCUGGGCGUUCCAACGAACCAGUGUCAGAGAAAUGGGUCGCAAGUACACAGAAGAUAUGGCUAAGAUUUAUUCUAUUGAUAUUACUAAUACAAAUGAUGGUGUAGCAUCAUGGUGCCAGCCCUGUGCCCUAGGCACAGACUCUCUUUGUAUAUCUUGCCCUCCGGGGCAUUACAUUGACAAGAAGACAAGUAGUUGUACCCCUUGCCCAUCAAAUACAAUACUAAACACACGCCAGCCCUAUGGAGUGGAAGCCUGUGUGCCAUGUGGCCCAGGGACACAAAGCAAUGAUGCACACUCAGCAUGUUUUAGUGAUUGUUUACUGACUGUACCAGUAGGAAAGGGGCAGCUGAAAUAUAAUUUUUCUACUCUUCCUAAUGUGACAUCAUUCUCCGGACAACCCAGCUUUACCACCAAGGGCAAGAAAUACAAUCAUCAAUUCAGCAUCAGUCUUUGUGGAAACCAGGGAAAGAGGCUAGCAUCUUGUGUGGAUAAUGUGUUGGGUGGCAGAGGAUCAGAGACAGAAUCAUGGAUCUCUGUGGCUUCCUACAUUUGCCAGUCCGUUAUCGUACAAUCAGAUGCAUCAGGCCACACAAUAUCAUCUCAGCCAGUCAGCAUUGCUGAUCAUCUACUUGGUGUGACAACUGCAAUAACUCUUGGUAAUAUUUCUGCACACUUAUUUCCUGGAGAGAACGCAGGGAUACAAGACAUUAUUUUCUACUUUAGGUCCAAUGAUGUCACUGAUUCUUGCCGUUCUGGCCGUGCCACAACUGUUCGUCUUCGUUGUAAUCCACAACUGAGUGCUUUGGACAAAUUGUCCCCUCCUAGUAAUUGUCCAGAAGGAACUUGUGAUGGGUGUACAUUUCAUUUUCUGUGGGAAACAAAGGCGGCAUGCCCCCUUUGUAGUGAACAGGACUAUCAUAUCAUCACUGGUGAAUGCCAGCAUGGUCUUCAGAGGACUUCCCCAAUGUGGAGAGAACCACGCAUGUGUGUUGGUGGUGUAGAUCUACCAAGUCCAACUGUCAGUAUCUGUAAGACUGCAGACUUUUGGCUUAAAGUGGGUGUGUCCGGUGGUAUCUGCACUGCUUUGCUGCUUACUGUGCUUACUGGCUACUUUUGGAGGAAAAAUCAAAGACUGGAGUAUAAGUACUCACGCUUAAUGAUGAAUGCUCCCUCUAAAGAAGGGGAGCUUCCAGCUGCCGACAGCUGUGCGAUUAUGGAGGGAGAGGAUGCAGAAGAUGAGCUAAUCUUCAACAACAACCGUUCUCUGUUACAGAAGUUCAUGUCUUUCUCAGGAAAGAGAUCAUCAGAUGGAUUUGAUUCAGUACCUCUAAAGUCAUCAGGAGGCCUUGACAUGGAUAUGUAAUUAAACCAAAUGGUUCCAUCAGAUUGUCAAAUGUGUUAUCAGUGUUCAGAAUGUCAACCAGCUUUCAUCAUUAUUAGCCUCAGAGAUUAUCCACACAGGAAAAAUUCCCAAAGAUCAUAAGAUGGACAUGAAACACUUUUAAUAAGAUUUUAGUACCAUAUCAGAGGGAAGGAGAAGUCAAUUAGUUAACUCCCUGAGCACUAAAUUUGCAACCUAAUCUGGGAAAAAUCCGGUUUUGGAACACAUGUUAGUGACUUUGGGAAAAACCAUGUUAUCUCUUUGAGCACUAAAAUGUAGGUGCUCACUGUACCUAAAACAUUUUCAAAUGAUUAAUUACAGGCAGGCACAAUACUAUUAUUUUAAAAGUACUUUUAAGAGCAUCAACUUCUAUCUAACAAAGUAACACUGCUUGCUUAGUAGCAUAACUACUGUAAAACAGACCAUGCAGCCACCCAGGUCUGCCAUAUGGUAGUCCCCCCCCCCUUUGCCACAAUUCCUUCAACUUGGCCACCUGCAAAAAUUAGCGAGAGGACAACCAAGUUACGGGGGGGGGGGUGGUUGGGUGGCCCCAGGGGCUGCUUGAAGUUGCACUCUGGGACUCCACUGGAGAAUUUUGCAAGGGUACCUGGUGACUUCAAGUUAUGCCACUGACAUUGACCAUACACUAUACAAGUAAGAAGGUAUGACAACAUUCAUCCAUCAGUGGAGCACAAUAUUCUCUUAAACUGCCAAUCAGUCCAUACAGAUGAAUAUUUUGCCGUUUUAAAUGUCAUGGACCACCUUCUUUGUUGCUUAUAUUUAUAUGUUUGAAGAUGGUGUACACUUGUUGCAUCUCAGUUUCGUUUUGUUCUACAGAGUUCAAGUGUUUUAAUGCCAUAAAUAAAAAGCCAUUUUUUUAAAUAAAA